AUAGCUGGGCUCAGGGAUGUGUCCUGAGCCCCGCCCUCUAACACUGGACCCAGCUGCUCCAUAGAGCUGCACAGAAACACUGCUGCCUGCUGUCAGGGACUGAGGACCGACACACUGCUCACACACACACUUCAGGACGGCGUGUGACCAAAAACACUGGAAAGAAGGAGAGUUCUAAUAUAUGUGACUGGGCAUGACGGUGCGGGCCAAGCUGAGGGUGUAGCCACAUCUGGCAGAGACUGCUGAAGUGAGCAGGAGCCUCAGCACAGCAAACUCUCUACUUCAGAGGGAGCAUGGGAGAGAUGGAGGAGGACAGGGACAAUGUGGGCAAGCUGUUUGAGGACUUCGUCCAGUCCUCGACCUGUAAGGGAGCCCUCCAGGCCUUCAACGUCCUCUGCAGGAGGCUGGACCUCGACCCUACCGACAAUGAGAUUUUCUACAGCAGUCUGAAGGCCAAGCUCACCUCCUGGAAGGCCCAAGCACUGUGGAGUAAGCUGGACAAGAGGAUGUUGCACAAGGAGUACAAGAAAGGCCAAGUCUGUGUGGGCACUAAGUGUCUGAUCAUCGGAGGCGGCCCCUGCGGCCUGCGGACAGCCAUCGAGCUCGCUUUGAUGGGUGCCAAAGUGGUGGUGAUCGAAAAGAGAGACUCCUUCGCCAGGAACAACGUGCUGCACCUCUGGCCUUACACCAUUCAUGACCUGCGGGGCCUCGGGGCCAAAAAGUUCUAUGGCAAAUUCUGCGCCGGGGCCAUAGACCACAUAAGCAUUCAAAAGCUGCAGCUGGUCCUGCUGAAGGUUGCCCUGAUUGUUGCUGUGGAGUUUCACAUCAAUGUGGAGUUUGUCAAACUGUUGGAACCUCCAGAGGAUCAGGAAAAUGAAGGUAUUGGGUGGAGAGCUGCAAUCCGACCUGCUGAUCACCCCGUGGCCAACUUUGAGUUUGAUGUCGUGGUGGGGGCCGACGGACGCAGAAAUACUCUGGAAGGUUUCAAAAGGAAGGAGUUCAGGGGAAAGUUGGCGAUAGCCAUAACAGCCAACUUCAUUAACAGGAACACAACUGCAGAGGCGAGAGUAGAAGAGAUCAGCGGCGUGGCCUUCAUCUUCAACCAGAAAUUCUUUCUCGACCUCAAAGAGGAGACAGGAAUUGAUCUGGAGAACAUCGUGUACUACAGGGACAACACACAUUACUUUGUCAUGACUGCCAAGAAGCAAAGCCUGCUGGACAAAGGAGUCGUCAUCCAUGAUUACAUAGACACCCAGAUGCUGCUGAGCAGUGAAAAUGUUAACCAGGAAGCUCUUCUGUGCUACGCCCGAGAGGCUGCUGACUUUGGCACCAACUACCAACUUCCCACGCUGGAUUUUGCCAUGAACCACUGUGGGCAGCCAGAUGUAGCGAUGUUUGACUUCACAAACAUGUAUGCCUCGGAGAACGCUGCUCUGGUCAGGGAGAGAUUUGGACACCAGCUGCUGGUAGCACUGGUUGGCGACAGCUUGCUCGAGCCCUUCUGGCCCAUGGGGACGGGAUGUGCCAGAGGCUUCCUGGCUGCUUUUGACACGGCCUGGAUGGUAAAGAGCUGGGCUCAGGGUCGCACGGCUCUGGAAGUGUUGGCAGAAAGGGAGAGUAUUUACAGGCUACUUCCACAGACAACAACUGAAAACAUUGGCAAAAACUUUGAGCAGUACACCAUAAACCCUGGGACUCGGUACCCCAACCUCAACUCCGCCUGUGUCAGGCCACACCAGGUGCGUCACUUGUACAUCAGCACAGAAUUGAGUUCUUGCUCUCUGCAGCGUAAUGUUACCAUACGAAGACCUGUCAAUCUCAGCAGACAUGAGUCAGAAAUCAGACCGACAAGGCUUCUUACUUGGUGCCAGAAACAGACGGAGGGCUUCAGGAAUGUGCUGAUUACAGACCUGACGUCUUCUUGGAAAAGUGGCAUCGCCCUCUGCGCCCUCAUCCACAGGUUCAAACCCCAGCUGAUAGAUUUUGAUUCAUUAAACGAGGAAGACCACUCUGCAAACCUCCAGCUGGCUCUUGACGUCGGUGAGCGUGAGUUUGGCAUUGCGCCAUUCACAUCCGGGCAGGAGCUGAGUGUUGGUCAGGAGCUCGAUAAAACCAAGAUGAUCACCUACCUGUCCAAGUUCUACGAGCUGUUCCGCGGCACACCUCUACCUGCCUCAGGAUCCAGAGGAGUGGAUGAAAAUAAUGAAGAUUAUCCCUCUAAGGAUGUCAGAAGUAAUAAUAAUGUGCUCAAUCUUGCACAGCCCAGGAAACGGGUACCAAAGGAUGAACAGAAGACAGACGGUACAGAUCCCAUUUACAAAAGGAGGCGGAAAUUCUGCAGUUAUUUGGAGGAGGCCACCAAUCUGUCGAGUAAUGGCUCCCCAGUGCGAGACGACCAAGAGCCAAAGGAAAAUAAAGUGCGCUCAAUUUCUACUCAGUUGCUGGCCAAGUUUGAAAGCUCACCCAGACCCAGCUACUCCAUCAGGAAAACACAGUCAGACUUUGAGACGUCUUCUUCCCUGCAAACUCUUACCUUUGCUGAGAGAGUGCACAUUGAACUGAGGCCUCGAGUCCCACCUAAACCUCCUCCUGAGAUGCAGUUUGAAGUCAGUAUCAGAAAGGCAGCCGAACACUUAGUGCGCCCGCCUCCCAAGACCCUCCCCAAACCUCAGCUGCAGCCCGAGGCCCAGCAUCCAUUUUCUGUAUUGAGGCUCAGACAUGUUGAUCAGACGCACGCUGAGACGAAGCCCGAGCCUCAGCCUGAGAGCGCAGACCCCCCCGCUCCGUCUCCCUCCUGCCACUCUGCAAUCCAUUUCAUGUCGAGAGUCCUCCAGCGCCUCAGGGAGGUGGACGAACACGUCUCUGAGAAAAAAGCUCAGACACAACAGGCUAGAGAGUUUCACACAAAGAGUAUAAAGGAAAAAGCUGUUCACCUUAGGGGGUUGUUCUCAGCAGAGAGCUCUGCUGAGCUCAAGGGCGGCUCACUACGAAGGGCAUUCCCCCCGUCGGGCGACAAGUGUCAUUCAUGCGAGAAGCGUGUUUACAUGGUCGAGAGGGUCUGUGCCGAGGGGCUCUUCUUCCACAGGGAGUGCUUCCGCUGUUUCACCUGCAGCUCCACCCUGCGACAGGGAGCACAUGCCUUCGACUCUGAAGAGGGAAAAUUGUACUGCAAACUUCAUUUUGAUCAACGCAACAACGGGACAAACCUGCGGAGGAACUUGUCUUUUCGCUCUAAUCCAUCUGGAGCCAGAGUUCAGGAGCCAUGUGCAGAUGAUGAACAAAGCUCACAGUCCAGCAGCCCUGUGGACCUGCAUGGUGAAUCCUCAGCAGCCGAAGCCUUUUAUGAAGUGUGUGAGCCAGCUGGAUGUUUAGGAGAAAUAACAUUUUGAAGGUGAUCACCUGCAUGCUCACGCGGUCAUGUGCCAUAACUGUGAGGAGGCUGCAGGAACUUACGAUGAAAAAAAGAGUGAUUAAAGGUUAUGCGUUUGAAGUGUUAUUGACUAAACUCAUGCCUGAUAAACCGCUUCAGUGUUUGUCAUUGAUUCUGCUUUGGGAAUGAACUACUACUAACGGAGCCUGGUUCCAGACAUCGGAAUUGCUUGCGUUCAUAUCCAAUUUUGUGUGUUUUGUUUUUUGUUUUUUGAAUGGAUAUCCGAAUUGCAAUUCGGCCUAAUUAUUGUGCCUGUACUAAAGAGAAGAAACCAACGAUAAAUCAGGUUUAUUUUAAAUAUUUUUUUUACAAGUGUUCAUCUCAUAAAAUGAAACCUGUUAAUUCAAAAUCUCAGGGCAUGUCAGUUGACGGAAGGUUUUGUAAGUAUUAGUUAUUAAUAACAAAACGAACAAAGGUUCAUUCAGUACCUCUUUUGAAUGUUUUAUAACACUUUCCUCAGCAGAAGGAGUUGCCCAGCUCUACAGUAUGCUCUACUUUAAGGUCAAUAAUAUUUGAAAUUUAAAAUGAAAACCAACAUGCAUGGGUAGUAUUUAAAUUUCUCAGAAAAAUUCAACAUCUGCAAUUAAAAUAUGUUGAAACUCAUUAGGUCAGUUACCAUUUCCAUGGUCAAGAUGAUACAGCUUUUUCUGAAUGAAAUGCUGUUUAACAUCAUUCAUUUAGUCAUUAACUAUUUCUGAAGAGCUGUACUGUAUAAAGCCUCGAGGGACUCCAGGGGGAGCUGUUUGAUGUGUCUUGUAAUGUCACUUAUUUUGAAAACACAUGUUUGAAAAUAACAAAAAACGAAUGGGGGGCUACAGAUAGAAUUAAUGCACCAACGUAACCUGCUCUCUAGGUAUUGAGUUGCAUUGUGGGUAAUGUAGGCAGCAGGUUAAGAUAAAUGUGUGAAUAAUAAAAGAGGAUCUCUUGUCUUGUCGGGUCAGUUUUGACGGCUUUUAUUCAAAUUUCCAUCUCGAGUCCAAAAAGAUUGUAACGUUCUUUAUAAACCCUAAACAUAAAAAUAUGAGGAAAAGUUGAUCGCUCUAUACUGUCAGACUCAACUUUUAACUGAGUAAAAGAGAACAUUUGUCUCGGUGACACUUCCCUCGAUAAAUAAAUAUUAAAAGUAUGUUUUUAUUUGUAGAGGCACAUUUUCAUGUUUCAAUACAGAAUUUUGAAUGUAGAAAAAUAUAGAGAACCUUCUCUUUAAACGUGGCGCAGUAACCUUUGUACCUUCAUAUUCUCACUGCCUGGUGACCUGGUUUAUAAAACACAUUAGUGGAAUGUAUCAGUCUCCUUUUAAGUAUCUUGAAAUCAAUAAGUACAUCUAUGUUGGGUUAAAAAACAUUUUAGGUAUGCGCUUUGAACUCAGAGGACUUAACCUCCUCUGACUUAACAAAUAGCUUUAAUAUUGUAAAAAGGUUCUCUUCAACACCGGGUUAUAUUUUGUUCCUCCUUCCUUUGAUUUGAAUGUGUAAU